GCCCACCUCUAUACACGACUUAGCUAUUGACUUUCGAAGCACCGGACCUUUACUAAUCGCGAUAAUAAUAAUAUCAGUGUCCUAUUUGGUAUCUAUCGUAAGCCGAGUUUUCAAGUAUACUUUGUUAUAGGCUUCGCUGAACCUUGACAGGUCGCACUUAGCACAGAUAUUCCCCGUAUCAAGGGGAUACCGGAAAUCCCCGGCGCAGUUCCAAUCUUCGGCCACCUUAUCAAGCUUGGCGAGGAUCAUGCCAGCGUCUGCGAGAGAUGGUGGCGUCAAUAUAACUACUCCAUCUUCCAGAUAAAAUUGGGGAAUACUCGCGCCGUGGUCGUAAAUUCUUUCGACGACUGCAAGAAGAUGCUGGUAGGCCAUCAGAACGCAGUAAUCGAUCGGCCAAAGUUAUACACGUUCCACGGGCUUAUUAGUAGUACCCAAGGUUUCACGAUCGGUUCUUCGCCUUGGGAUGAUAGUUGCAACAGGAAACGCAAAGCUGCGGGGACGGCACUUAGCAGGCCUGCCUUAAGGGGGUACCAUCCUAUGUUCGACUUGGAAAGCUAUUGCAUCUUAAGGGAUCUCUAUAAGAACAGCCACAAUGGGGAGACUGAGAUCAGUGUGAGGCCAUACAUCCAGAGAUAUGCACUUAACACGACACUGACUCUCUGUUAUGGGAUUCGCAUGGACGCCGUUUAUGACGACCUCCUACGCGAGAUUCUUUCCGUUGGUUCGGCCAUCUCGCUCUUGCGUAGCGCGUCUGAAAAUAUGCAAGACUAUGUCCCGAUUCUGCGAUACUUCCCGAACAACGAGAAGACUGCUCGAUCUAAAGAACUACGGGAACGACGCGAUGCGUACUUGAAACUUCUUUUGGAUAAGGUCCGGGAAAUGAUAAAGCGAGGCACCGACAAGCCUUGCAUCUCCGCCGCCAUCUUGAAAGAUGAAGAGACGAAGCUUACCGGAGUGGAGGUUUCGUCGAUCUGUCUAUCUCUGGUCUCGGGUGGUUUCGAGACCAUCCCCGGAACUUUGACUUCUGCAAUCGGAUCCUUGUCGACCAAGGAAGGACAGGUUUGGCAGGAUCGCGCAUACGAAGACAUCAAGCGGCAUUAUCCAGAUAUCCGCGAUGCUUGGACGGACUGCUACGUGCAAGAAAAGGUCCCGUACAUCAACGCAAUUAUUAAGGAGACAGGGCGAUACUACACCGUCAGCGCCAUGAGUCUUCCGCGAAAGACGGUGACGGAGGUGAAUUGGAACGGCGCUAUCAUUCCCCCUAAGACGAUGAUCUUAAUCAACGCCCAGGCAGGGAACCAUGGUAAGUAUAACAUACCGACAGAAAUCGUUUACUCAUGCAGACACUUAUACCGUUCAGAUAUCGACCACUUCGGCGCCAACGCUAGCAAAUUCAACCCUGAGAGAUGGCUUAAGAGCCUUGACCCACCGACGGAGCAUGAAUCCACCGGCCUCAACCACCUAGGCUUCGGAGCCGGGGCUCGCGCCUGUUCCGGCCAAUAUAUCGCGUCUCGACUCCUGUAUACUGCUCUAGUUCGUCUUAUUUCAUCCUAUAAGAUCGUAGCAAGCGAAACGGAGCCGCCUAAUACGGAUUAUGUGGACUACAACGCUAUAAAAUCGGCGCUGGUUGCAAUUCCCAGGGACUUCAAGGUAAGACUCGUCCUUAUAAGAGUUAGAAGAGUCGAUAUGUCUAUUGCAGAUAAACGGUAGGGUAGGC